CUGGAUCGUCAGUCACAUUGGUGCUGUGAUUUCCUCGUUGCCAUUCGCAUUCGAUUAGACGAGACUGCUGGUUCGGUCUCGCGUCCAUUUAUACACCCGCUCGUUUCCUCUUCGCUGUGCGCAGAGCAAAGGCCAUUGCAUAUCGGCUUGAGACCCGGUCACUCCCAUUCCCUCUGCCCAAUGCCUGUCCCCAGCAAGAAAUCCGUCGUGGUCAAGGCGGACAAGGCCGCCGCUUCGUCGAGGCCCUCGACAAGGGAGAAGGCCGAGCCUUCCCACGCAAAGAAGAAGAUAACAAAGCACAAGCGGUCGCGCUCUGGUGAGUAUGAUGGUCUUCUGCAAGGAUAUACCCUGGCCCUCCGGCGCUGAACCAUGCCCUCUCGCCCGUAUCUAGGUUGCUUUACAUGCCGCCUCCGCAGGAAGAAAUGCGACGAGAAACAUCCAUCGUGCACAGCCUGUCUGAAUCUUUGCGUGCAAUGUGAAUACAAGCGGCCCAUGUGGUGGGGGAUCGCUGAGCAGCGCAAAAUCCAAAAGGAACAGAUCAAGAGCCGGAUCAAACAGACGAAGAUGGAGGAGAGGCGUGGCCUGCAUCCAGAGCGCAAAUAUGACCCGUAUGAUGCUUCUGUGUCCCCCGAUUUCAGUCGCGCUGGUUUCCCGGGGCAUUUCGAUAUCUUUCCCUCUCACAUCCCCGCGCCGCAUCUGGGCUAUGUUUCCUAUGCGCCGUAUGAGGUUGAUGUCAAGACCGAGCGCCAUACUUUCGUGAACGACGUGCCCAUGCGGCAUGACUCCACAGUCUCGACAUUUAGCACGUUUGCGCCGCCGCACUUCGACGCGCCUCUGCCCACCUUCCCGGAGGACCACUUGUUUUGCGACGAGGAUUUUGUUCCAGUGGCCGGUUUGGGUGACGUUGACCGCGUGGGUGGAGUGGAUCCGACGCCGAUUGAUCCUGCCAUUGCGCAGACGACGUCGACAAUCCAGGCCAGCGUCGACGUGAGCGACCAGGAUCAGCACCUCCUCGACCACUUCGUUUGCGAUGUCUCGCGCCUGGUCUUCCCCGUCCUGAACCUCUAUCAGCACGGGCAUACGCGCAACCAGAUGAUACUGCGCGCGCUGGAGACCAACAAGUGCUACCUCCAUUGCUGUCUCAGCAUUGCUGCCAUCCACCUCAAGACGACCAAGGGGCUGGUUGGGGAGCAGAUCGACGGCGACAUUAUGCGGCAUCGCUACGAAGCGAUCUCCCGGCUCUGCGAGGCCCUGGGCCAAGAUACCAAGCACGAAGAGAUCCUCGAUGCCGCUCUCGCCAUGAUCCUGUUCCAAUGCUCCGUCGGCCCUUCCGAUGACUACCUCCCCGAUAUCCCCUGGUUCGACCACUUCCAAGCCGUCUCGAACCUGGUGACCAAGCUCGAUCUCCCCAGCGCGGAGCUCAACAGCAGCAAUCCAUAUACAUUACCGCCAUUCAGCAUGACUCUGACCUCGUGGAUUGACAUUCUCGGCUCCACGAUGAUCGGGAAGACGCCGCAGUUCGCCCACGUCUACCGCUCCAAGCACAUGCAGGGUGCAGCGUCCGGCCUCCGCGAGCUCACCGGCUGCGACGACCGCGUCAUGUAUCUGAUCUCCGAGAUUGCAUGCCUAGACGCCCUGAAGAGCGAAGGCCGCAUCGAUGACAUGACUGUCUGCAGCCAUGUUUCCGCACUGGGACAGCAGCUGGAGUUCACCGAACCCUCCGACACGACAUUGGAGAGCCCUUACUCCCUGACCGAGAAUGCCAUCCGCCCAGACAUCCUGACCAAGAACAUGACCACCGUCUUCCGCAUCGCGGCCCGGAUCUACCUCUGCAGCCUCGUCCCGGGGUUUGACCGGUACCAGUUGAGCAGUCUCAACCUCAUUUCCGCAAUGGCAGACACCCUCCAGUGCAUCCCGUCCGGUCCCAACGGGUUUGACCGCUCCCUGGUCUGGCCGUUAUUCAUCACCGGCGUCUUCUCGACCCCUUGCUGCCACUUCCGCACCGUCCUGGCUGACCGAGCGGCUUCGCUGGGCGACCACGCAGAUCUCGGCAGCUUUGGGCGGAUGUAUCGCCUUCUCGAGGAGCUCUGGAGACUGAACGACAAGCCGGCAUCUGCGGAUUUGCUCACCCGGUCUUCGGGUUCACCUGAGAUCUCCCCGUCAGGAAGUCCGACCCCCAAGCAUGAACGACAUUCCUCUUUGGAAAGCACGACAUCCUCUGACUGGUCACAGAGAGCCAGGAGGCCAAACAUCCACUGGCGUGAUGUCAUGCAACAAAACGGCUGGCACUAUCUUUUGAUCUAAUGUUUUCCCGGAGGAGCUAUUCUGUCUUUCCCAGUAUCAUAUUCUAUGCGUAAGGCCUGGUGUCCACAGUGACUGACGAUCCAUUUACAUACAUACCCCAUGUACGCUGUACGCUGUACCAUUGUAACUCGGUUUUCUGUUUCUUCUUCUUCGUCUUGAUAUUUACCGCCGAUACGUGUGCAUCUAUCUAGGCUUUCUGGGAAAGUUUUCGAUGCCACUUCGCUUUUGUCCUGCCGGGCAGGGAUAGCCAUUACUUGUGCUUUAUACGCAUUGCACUUGGUUUUCUUUUCUUCUUCCUCUUUCUAUUUUAUUUUAACUUACCCUUCGCUGCAUUGCACAUGGAAACUAGGCGCAGGAUAUACCCGUUCACUAGCGAUUGGGAUGCCAGGUGGACUUCAUUCAUUAUAUUUCUCUAUCUUCGGUAUUCCUGCAACUUACCCAUCCGUGGUUACUUACGGGCUUUGAUUCUUUGUCGCAAGCAUAGGGAUGGAGAUUGGUGGCUAUGGUUGACAGAAAACCUCGAUGUUGACUUUGUUAAUUGAUGCAUCUGUAUCGAGUAGCUAGCUACACAUUUCAACCCGAAUAAACGAAAAUGAAACCUACGCUUUC